GGGAGGAGCUGUGCGGCCAGUCCGCCACCUGCAUGCUCCCCUUCGAGCUGCUGCUCUCCAACCCCCUGCAGUUCUUUCGGGUCGAGGUGGCUCUGGAGGAUAUCAAUGACCAUUCACCCGUCUUCCCCGAGGAACGAGUGACUUUUGACAUCACGGAAAAGAGCGACCUGGGUUCACGUUUCCCUCUGGAGGCAGCUCAGGACCUCGAUAUUGGCAGCAACACAGUCCAGGCAUACAGCAUUUCUCCUGAGAACGAAUACUUUAGUGUCGCUUAUAGAAGUCGGAGUGAGGAUGACAAAUAUAUUGAACUUGUUUUGGAGAAGCCACUAGACAGAGAGGAGCAGUCAGAGAUGAGUUUCAGUGUCAUUGCUGUGGAUGGUGGCUCUCCUCCCAGGACUGGGACAACUGAAGUGAAAAUUGUCAUUCUAGAUGUAAAUGACAAUCCUCCCAUAUUCACACAAGAGCGUUAUUUUGGAAAAGUCCUGGAGAACAUGCCAGAAGGGUCUGUAGUUUUAACGGUGCUGGCAAGAGAUCAGGAUGCAGGAGUUUAUGGGGAAAUUUCUUACCAACUCAGCCACGCACUGGGGCAGAGUGACUCAGCAUUUGUGAUUGAUCCCAUAACUGGUGAAAUUAAAACCACAAAACCUCUGGACUUUGAGGCAGCACAAAGUCACGAACUGAGAGUAAGUGCCACAGAUGGUGGUGGGCUCUCAGCCAUCUGCAAAGUGCUGGUGGAGGUGGUGGAUGUGAAUGACAAUGCCCCAGAGGUGGUGGUCAGCUCCUUCAGCAGUCCCCUCCCCGAGAACACAGCGCCCGGCACGGUGGUUGCCCUGUUUACGGUCAGGGACCGGGAUUCUGGGGCCAACGGGAAGAUCUCGUGUGGCCUCGAGGAUCAGCUCUUCUUCUCGCUGCGGCCAGCCUAUAAGAAUUACUAUGAGCUGGUGACAGUGAGCGCGCUGGACCGCGAGGAGACGGCUCGCUACAUCCUCAGGGUGACGGCGGCAGACGCGGGGUCGCCUCCUCUGACGAGCACGCAGACCUUCACCGUGGACAUCUCGGAUGUCAAUGACAACGCCCCCGUCUUCAACCAGACGUCGUACACCAUGUACGUGCGUGAGAACAAUGUGCCCACGGUGUUUGUUGGAGCCGUCAGCGCUGCCGACGCUGACGUGGGGCUCAAUGGCAAGGUGAGCUAUUCGCUGGCAGCGGUGCAGGCGGCAGAGGGGCCUUGGUGCUCGUGCGUGUCUGUGAACUCUGAGAACGGGCACGUGUUUGUGCUGCGGCCCCUGGACUACGAGCGCUUGAGGCAGACGGAGGUGACGGUCAGUGCCUCUGACGCGGGCUCUCCUCCCCUCAGAGCCAACGUCAGCGUCCGCCUCGUGGUGCUGGACGAGAACGACAACGCCCCGCUCGUGCUGUACCCAGGCCAGGACAGCAGCCCAGCGUCCAGUGAGCUGGUGCCCGUGUCGGCCGAGGCGGGCUACCUCAUCACCAAAGUGGUGGCCGUGGAUGCCGACUCCGGGCAGAACUCGUGGCUCUCGUACCACCUGCUGAGGGCCAGCGAGCCAGGGCUGUUCACGGUGGGUGUCCACAGCGGGGAGGUGCGUCUGAGGAGGCCGGUGACGGAGAGAGACAGCGUGAGGCAGAAGCUCCUUGUCCUGGUCAGAGACAACGGCAAGCCGCCCCUGUCGGCCACGGCAGCUGUGAGCGCGCUCCUGCUCAAGGACUUGUCAGACGUGCGCCUCCCCGGGCACAGCAGCCCGGCGCCAGAGGAUCAGGCUGGCUCCCUCACCACCUAUUUAAUCAUUGCCCUGGUGUGUGUCUCCCUGCUCUUCCUCGUCUCCACCGCACUCUUUGUGGCUCGCAAGGUGUGCAAGAGAAAGGAGCUGAAGGCUGGCCAUGUGCUUUAUGGUGCCGACAACUUGCAGAGCGGCCUGGCCGAUGGGGCCGCUGCAGGGAGCCUGCCCCGCGCCUAUUGCUACGAGAUCAGCCUCACAACGGGCUCGGGCAACAGCGAGUUCAAAUUCCUCAAGCCCAUCCUGCCCAGCGUGCCACCACAGCACUGCGCCGUGGGCCAGGGCCCGGAGGAUGAACAGCAUUUCCCCUGUGUCCCUGUCAGCACCGAGGACACGGCACCAGACAAUCCUGGCACUCUCUCUGCAGGACACUUCAAUUCUCUUUCCUUCAACUAGCUGGGCUCUGCACUGCCAGAGGCUUCACUGCCCAUGGGAGAUUGGGAUCCAGGCAGCAGCGGGUGAUAAUCUUUCCUCCAGAGCCGACUUGUGUUUCCAAAUGCUAUAACCAAUUUCCCUCAUAUUCUAAGUCAUAGUAGAAGUUGUCAUGUUCUCCAAAAAGAGAAAAAUCAAAGCAAAUAAAAGAGAGUUGGGCUGUCACUGUGGCAGUAAUAUGCUUCAUCUCUGAUUUGGCCAUUUCUGAUAGACUUGAAGAAGGGGGUUAGCACUCCAGCUAAGCUCCUGUGCCUGGUGCUGUCAGGCCGGAUCAUGACAGUCUUAUUCAUUGCUAUAGCACAAUGGCACAUUUGGUUAGUCAAUUCUCACUCUUGUUGAAAUAGGUCAAAGCCCUUUGUCCAGCUCAGAAAUGCAAGGUACUUUUGAAUACCAUGUUGUGAUGUUUUCUGAGCAUCAGUCUUUUUCUUUCUGGGGCUUUGGAGGUCUCUCUCUGAGAUAUUUGGGCUUUGUGUGUUACACUUUUAUGUCAGGAUGUCUGUCUGUUCACCCUUUGUGCAUCUGGAAAUGCUGCAGUAGUGCUGCCCUGUGAAAGAGUGAAUUUGUCCCAUCCAGCCAUUGCAAUUCUGGUAAUUCCAGCUCUGCAGAGUAAAAGGCCAUUUUGACCCUAUGAGUACAGGAGUCUUCUUCAAGGCAGAGAGGAGCUGGAAAAUGCACAGUAAAAUCUUCUUUUAGCAUGUUCGUGGGAUUGGUGUUCUGUCCCACUCAGAUUGGCUUAGAAAUGCAGCACCAGAAGAUGCAAUAGGGCAGGCUAUAAGUGUGGAGAAUCACGAACAGUUAUUAAUUGUCUUUAUAUGCAUGAGAACACCACAUGUCCAUGAAAUACAAUUUUUAGUUAGAGUUAGAAUGAAGCAGAACUUGAAAACAAGUCUUUGAGUUUUCCUUACUCUUUGUUGUUUCUGAAUUCAGGAGAUUCAUGCUGGUGCUAGAUAGCUGUCCCUACAGGAUUUUCUCCAUUUGUGUUAGAGCGUUUGCAUUCCCUUUUUUGCCUUUUCUCUUUUUAUUGACUUAACUGUAUUGGGCAUUAUUUUUCUAAUUCUUCUUGAGAAGGACAGCCUGCCCAUCUAUAACUACUGGUAGUAUGAAUGAUGUCUGUGAUGCAUGAAGCAUUAACAAAGACAGUCUGAAGUUGUAUUGUGCUGAAGAUAGAAACAUUAAUAUUGGUAUAUCUCUGAGUUUAAAAAUUGUAAAAAUAUGUAGAAUUGAAAUAAAGAAUGACUACUUACAUGGAGACAAAAUUCUUUGUAGAUAUGUGCUUUCUGGGGAAGACUUGUCACGGCUCCUCAAGCUUCUGCGAGGGUUAUUCUCACAAUGUCCUGUGACAGAACAUUUGGAUGCGUUCAGUUGGUGAGCGUGGAGAUGCAGGCGGGGAGUUUCCGUUUGCUGCCCGUGCCGUCAGCAUCGCCCACUGCGUGCUCGGUUUGUCCUGCUGAGCGAUGAGGCUGCGUGGUUCUGGUGUGGGUGUGGGCUUGGCGCUGCCCUGGGAAAGGGCGCAUUGUGAUGCUGGCGCCGGGUGUGUGGAAAGCUUUGGAGUCUCGGUCCGGGGCGAGCGGCAGCGCGGGCUGCGGGCGGCGGCGGGCGCAGUU